GUGACAGCUUGCGAUUGCUCGAUCUGCCCUUGACAUGCUUCCAUCUGAUACAAUACUUAACACACCAACCCCUUUUGAUCCCAGCAAUAAUAGACACACACGGAUCUAGAGAACAAGUCACAGAAGCAAUGUUUAAUGCACUAAACCGCUUCAUCUCGCGCCUGGACGGAGACGUCCAGCAACAGAGGCAACAAGAGCGAGGCUCGUUCGGCUUCCAGGUGCUGCGCAAUACCAACCUGGAGCUUGCUAUCGAACCCUGGUUCGACUUUAUUGUUGGAAUCAAUGGUAGACCUAUUGAAGACCCUGAACCAGCCCUGUUCAGCCAGGAAGUGAGAAACUGCGCGGGCAGCACAGUUACCCUGGGAUUGUGGAACGCAAAAGGCCAAAGAACGAGAGAAAUCCAUGCUCCUGUUGCGUUAGAUACUGCAUCCCUCGGUCUCUCGCUCCAAUACGCUCCGCUGGCCCUCGCCGCCAACAUCUGGCACGUUCUCGAUGUCCCCGCCAAUUCUCCCGCCGAUGCCGCCGGUCUUCUGCCAUACAGUGACUAUAUCCUCGGUAGUCCUGAGGGUGCGUUAUAUGGCGAGGGUGGCCUGGGCGAGCUUGUCGAGGACUUUAUCGGACGGCCGAUGCGAAUCUGGGUCUACAACAACGAAUACAAUGUCACCAGAGAAGUCACAAUACAGCCUAGCAGGGAUUGGGGUGGCCAAGGAGCGCUGGGUUGCGUGCUUGGAUACGGAGCCCUUCACAGGAUACCUCCUCCUCUGAGCGAGCCCGUUGAUGCCCCUGGCGAGACGAUGUUCGACGGAGCCACCAAUGAGAAGAGUGAGGACGCAUUUAUUCCUGCGGUAGGUGGCUCGGAGCCCGCCCCUCCCGCAGGAGACUUUUUGGUGCCUGCACAGAUGAUAGGUGAUGCUCCAGUGAGUGCACCGCCAAGGGGAGCUGGGAAGAAGAAGGAACGCCAUGGCCACAACCCCAACAGGCUGAUGGAUGACUACUUUAAAGAGGAGGAAGAGAAGAGUCGGGCUGUGGACAAUGCACCUUCGGCUAGGAACUCACCAGCCCCUCCCCCACCAAAAGGCGGUCCUCCAAGGGACUCACCAAAGCCGGAGACUCAGGCCAGUGGUGGUGAAGCAGAAUGAGAUUAUGGCAAAAUAGCACAUGUGAAUGAUUCCCCUUGCUGAUUGUUCUAUUUCCUGAUCUAUUGGUCAAACUUUUAAAGAAUUUCGUGAUUUGCCGU